CUUAUGAACACACAGUGAGACGGCAGCCACGACAAGCCAGAAAGCAAGACCUUCCCAGAAGCCAACUCUGGCAGCAUCUAGAUCUUGGACUUCCAGCCUGCAGAACUGCAAUCUUAAUUAAAAAUCUAUUGAAAUAAACCUGAAGCUCCUAGAACUAGAAGAAAAUAAUUUUCUAAGAUGUCAGCUGGGGAUUCAGCCAGGAAAACCCUGGAAAUGGAGAGUUUCCACACAAGAUUCAGUGCCUGGACACCUUUUAGGAACAAGUCAUUAAAUAGACAGCUCUUUCAGGAAAGAGUUGCUCUCAUAAGUCACUGGUUUGACCUCUGGACCAACAAGCAACGUCAAGAGUUCUUUGUCAAGAUUUUUUUACAAUGUACUAAGUCACAAAUAAGGUUUGUUCAAGACUGGUUUUCAGAAAGGAUGCAAGUUUCCAAAGUGGAUUUCUCUACAGUGUUGCCACGCUUCAUUUCUUUAUAUAUAUUUUCCUUUCUGAGUCCAAGAGAUUUGUGUGCAGCUGCACAAGUCAGCUGGCCUUGGAAGUUUUUAACCGAACAGGAUUGCUUAUGGAUGCCCAAAUGCAUUAAGUUUGGGUGGUUUCUGCCCUACACACCAGCAGAUAAUGAGUAUGGAGCAUGGAAGCACCAUUACAUUGCUUGUGUGUCCAAUUUAGAUUGGCUAACACCUAGGGAGGCUGCUGCUACUUAUGGCACCCUGAAUGAACCCAAAACACAAUAUGAGGAGAUGCAAGAGAGGCAGAGAGAAAAGUGCCUAAGGAAAAUAAUUUGGGAGAAAAUUGCUCUACGUAACAAGGAGUUAUUCAAAGUUCGACCCCCUUGGGUGAGCGGAACAUCCUGCUCUAGAUUGUUCACAUCCAAAUGCCAACCACGUCUCUCCCAGACUGUGAGGGAUCGAGUGGGAUUACACGGAGAUUUGGAGAAACAGCUUGUUUUGGCAUCUCUAGAAGCUUUGCCCAAGCGAAGCAAUGUUUCUGGCACCCAUUCCUACCCUUUAUUAUCAAGGAAAAGUUGGCAUGAAGUUUAUAAAAAGGAUGACAGAACUUCCUGUGCACGCCAGCCACACUUCAUAUUAAUAUCAUCUCGGAUUCCUGCUUAUGAGAUGGUGGUGCACAGCAUCAGGGCAGGUGUAAUUUCUGUGGUGUAUGAACACAAUGGCAUAACCUUGGAGAGCCUGCUUUAUCUUAUAGAAAAAGCUCUGGAUGGGCAGAAGGCACAGAGCAUGGGACUAUUUAGUGAUGGUGAUAGCAGAGAAAUCAAUUUAGUUCAAGGCUGUAGGAUUAGUAUUAAGAACUUAUUGAAGCCUGAAGUGAGAGAUUUCUGGGAGAAAUUAGGAAGCUACGUGGCGACCGAAGAAGAAGGGGGUCAUGUGGACCUCUUUGUACCACUGGGAGCAUCAGAGGCUGGAAUAGAAGUUCUUUCUCAGCUGUCUCAACUAACUGGCACAUUAUUUACUGCCCCCACGGGGAUUGCAACCGGCUCCUACCAGCACAUUCUCAGUGACUGGCUGGGACAACAGCAAGAAACUGCUCCUCCCACCCUCUACUUCAGCCAGUCAAAGCUGCAGACUUGGGCCAGCUUCAUGGACUUCUUGGAAGACACCUUGAAGUCAGUAAGGAAACAGUUAAGUCCUCUCUUCAAGGAAUUGCGGAAGAACAUCAGCGGCAGGAUGAUAGGGCAGUUUAUGUUUGAUACAAUGAAUAUGGCAAAUAUUCUGAAUAACCAAGAAAUUGCACAAACCCUGGCAGAUGGAUUGACAGAGCUCUCAAAAGAGAAUCCUGAAAGAAGUGUGCUAGACGACAAUCCUCAGGACACAAAGUCAAGUCUCAGCAAAAAUGAUCCAACUGUUGAGGUGCUGGUUAAGCUGGAGAGGAAACUCCAGAUGGACACAGCCGACAGGCGAACUGGAGUUGCCAGGGAACUCUUACAGAGCGAGAGAGAAUAUGUGCAGAUGCUGGAAAUCGUGAGAGAUGUUUACGUAACACCACUGAAAGCAGCAUUGUCAUCAAACAGAGCAAUUUUGAGUGCUGCUAAUAUCCAGAUCACUUUCUCUGAUAUUCUACGCAUUUUAAGUCUCAACAGGCAGUUUCUAAAUCACCUGAGAGACAGACUACAGGAAUGGGGUCCAGCUCAGUGUGUGGGGGAAAUAUUCACCAAGUUUGGAAGGCAGUUGAACACAUACACCAAUUUCUUCAACAAUUACCCUGUUGUUCUGAAAACUAUUGAGAAGAACAGGGAGAUGAUACCGUCAUUCCGUGCUUUCUUGAAGAGACACGAUAAGACCAUAGCUACCAAGAUGCUGAGCCUGCCGGAGCUGCUUUUAUACCCAUCCCGAAGAUUCGAGGAGUAUCUUAAUCUUCUCUAUGCUCUGAGGCUUCAUACUCCUGCAGAACAUAUUGACCGUGGGGACUUGACAACUGCAAUUGACCAGAUCAAAAAAUAUAAAGGUUAUAUAGACCAGGUGAGACAUCACGCCAGUAUGAAAGCCCAGCUGUCAGACAUACAGAGUGUCAUCUGGGGGUGUCCUACUUUAUCAGAAGUCAGUAGAUAUCUUAUUAGGACCCAAGAUGUAGCCCAACUUCAUUGUUGUGACAAGGAUAUAUGUUUCUCUUUAAGGCUCUAUGAACAUACGCAAGACCUCAGUCUUUUCCUCUUCAACGAUGCCCUGCUUAUUUCCAGUCGAAGCACAUCUCAUACCCCAUUUGAAAGAAGUUCAAAAUCAACCUACCAGUUCAUUGCAUCAGUAGCCCUUCAUAGUUUACUCAUUGAAGAUAUUCCAGAUUCCAAGUAUAUCAAGAAUGCAUUUAUUCUUCAAGGUCCAAAACGUGAAUGGAUUUGUGCCACAGAGGUUGAGGAUGAUAAAUUCCUCUGGCUGUCAGUACUCCAAAAUGCCAUCAAAAGUAGUAUGGAGAAAUACGCCUGGACUUGAAAACAGUGAGAUGCCAGCUCUCCCUGGCAGAGACAUACAGUAUGUGUUCUGUU